AAUUUUUAGGUUACAUGACAUGUGCUAUUGUUUACUAUUUUUUGCAUUUUUCUUGAUUUUUUAUUUUUGCUCACCGUCCCAUUGUCAUAGUCACAGUUUUUUCACCCAUCGUUUAUUUACUUGAAUUUUUGGGCAAGUUGUUUUUGUUUAUGGUUUUCAUAAAAAAAUUAUUAUUGAAAUAUGAGUACCAAUGAUUACUUUCAGAGUUAUGAAGACCUGGAGAUACACAAAUUGAUGUUGGCAGACUCAGAAAGAAACAGGGCAUAUAAAGAUGCAAUCAUAAGCAAUAAAGCUGAAUUCAGUGGCAAAGCAGUAUUAGAUGUGGGUGCUGGAACUGGAAUUCUAUCAAUUUUUUGUGCUCAGGCUGGUGCUAAAAUAGUUUAUGCAGUUGAAGCUAGUGAAGUCUACAAAAUAGCAGAAGAAUCAGUGAAAGAGAAUAACAUUCAAGAUGUUGUUAAGGUAAUUCAUUCCAAAGUUGAAGAUGUAAAUCUUCCGGAAAAAGUUGAUAUCAUAGUAUCAGAAUGGAUGGGCUUCUAUUUAUUGCAUGAAGCAAUGUUGGAUUCUGUUAUAGUAGCCAGAGAUAGAUUUUUGAAACCAGAUGGUCUGAUGUUUCCUGAAACUGCUACAUUAUAUUCGACACCAUGUAGUGUACCAUCAAUGUACGACUUUUGGGAAAAUGUAAAUGGUGUAUCCAUGACACAUUUAGGAAUGAAGCUAAGGGAGCAAGCAUCUCAGAAGCCUGUGACAGAAAUUGUGAAACCUGAGUCGAUAUUGGCUGAUCCAGAAGUUGUAAUUUGGAUGGAUUUGAGAGAAGUUACUCUGGAAGAUCUAGAUUCUAUAGAAAUGAGACAUGUCGCUAUUGCCAAUAAAAAAGGAAAAUAUCAAGGUAUUUGUCUUUGGUUUACUUGCACUUUCCCAAGUAAAUUCACAGAGCCGGUAUCUCUAUCAACUGAACCUGAUGAGCCUCCCACUCAUUGGAAACAAACGACAAUCGUACUACCUUCUAGCAUUGGAGUUGAAGAAGGGACACCCAUGGCCUACGACCUAGCUCUCAAAAAGUCGCAGGAUAACAGCAGGAGAUAUACCAUCGAAGUGACCAUGUUGGAUCCUUCAGAAGUUGAACAUUCGGAAUAUUGCCUCUGUCAUAUGACCAAGUGUAUUUUGGUCAGGGCUAUGUUGGAGAAGUACGAAAAAGAUGAUGUAGAAAUGAUGGGUGAUAAAUAAAGUACAAUAAAAGAUACAGGGGGCGUGAAUACCAAACCGAAUCAACUAAUUACGUGAUCUCUUGACUUAUAUAAUUCAAAUUAUAAAGGGUCUCUCUGGAUAUGAACAAACCCCUAAUUCUACGUGAAUUCCCUUUGGUUGUUCAAUGACAAAAAUCUUCAGAGAUCGAUACCUUGAAGUGAUAAUGCGGUGUCGUGUCUUCUAUUUCCUGAUGUUCUUCGGCGCCUUGAUAUGCACAGAAGGGCAAAUCCUAAGGGGCAACAGCUAUAUGGAGAAACAGUUGCUAUGCGCCCUCGAUAGGGCACCCUGUGAUAUUCUGGGUUCUCAAAUAAAAGAUGCCUUGCCAGAAAUAAUUGGUAAUAACUGUAAGUCCUGUGACUCUCGCCAAGUUUCCAAUGCCCGAAGGAUAGCUGUAUUCGUGCAAACCAAGUAUCCAGAUGUUUGGAAUGCUUUGGUCCAGAAGUACUCACCAAGUUCCUCUUGAAGUUUACGGUUCGUUCACCAUUAAUGAAUGUCCUGAGUGAAAUCGAUAUUAUCGACUGGACUAUAUGAUACCCUCAUCAUUCCAAUAAGUUUUCGAGUCAGUUUUAUAAUUCGAUAUUAGAAUGGCACGCUUCUGAAUUCUGUAUUUUGUGUAAUUAGAAGGGAAAUAAUUCAGAAACAACUUCGACAGAACACACCAUAUUAGUGAACAAAUGAAGGGUUCAAGGAUCAAUAAAAUGUACACAUUCAGGUAUUGCUUCAUUUAUUGAUAUAAUAAUAUUUGAUACACAAAACAUUCACCUCUACAUGUACCUACGUCUUCUCCAAUAAAUGUAUUACCUAAUAUUUAGGUUUGAUUGUCACAUUGAAAAUCAAAAGAAUUAAUUAGGUAUAGAUUGAAAAACAUUUCUGACUUGCAGUUCAUCGUUUGUGCACAUAAAGAACAAUCAAAUCAUUAUUGAUUUCAUCACAGCAACAGCUUCAGGGUCUAGAAUUGACUAUAUUUGUCAAAAAAAAAAUAGUUGUACUACUCUGAGGAAGAAGUUACGAAAUUAUGUGUCCUAAUCUAGGUGUAAGAUUCAAUAUAAUAAUAGUUACAACUGAUGAAAAAUCAAGAAUCUCAAAACUGAAAGUGAUUCUAGGAACAUCAGUCAGUCUUGCUGACAAUUGAUUCACGAAAUUCUCCUAGAAAUUCAGUCUUGCUACGAUAACUCAACAUUACUGAUCAAAUUCAUCCAAUAUUCAUUGAAAAUAUUGUAUUCUCUGAACAUAUAUCGACUGAUGUGCAUUAUCUUAUAUCUGUUCUCACAUGUAAAGAGGAAAUAGUGUAAUAUCUCAGUAGAGUAUAUUACAAAACUCAAAUUACAUACACUUGGAGUUACACACUUUACUGCUUUUACGUGAUGUAAGGGGUGAUUUCAAAUUUUUAAAUGCGUACAUAUUCGAAUAUUCCUGGAAUUUAAAUACUUGAAGACAAUCGAGUUGAUUGAAUUCGCCGUGUUUGUGCCGUCUAUGUGUAAGAAAUGUGUAAGAAGAUGCCGUCAGAAUUGCUACAGUAUAGAAUUUUGAGCCCAAAAAGGGGCCACCUCUUCUUCCAUAAUUUUUUUUCUUUGAUGGUGUCAUUGAAUGGAAUGCCAUGCGCUUUCUAAGGGGUUUGAAUUAUAUGUAUUCAUUAUGAUAUCUAACGCUACAUCGAAGAUUGCUACCUUCUCACAGAAAAGACGGAUGUUUUUCAAAUGGUCAUAACUUCGUCUACUUUCACUUCAGAAAAAAAUACAAACAUAUUCUGUUAUUGUAAUAUAAUGCAACAUCACACCACAUGUGUCAGACGUGAACUGUACUUCUGAAGGGGUUCUUGAAAAGUUGGGAUUUAAAUGCGAAUUUUACAAAAGCAUAGAAAGGCCAACGCAAACCAAUAUGAUUUGUCACUUUAGAAGUGACAAUGGUCAUUUUGGUCUGAUAUUUAUGACUGAUCUGACUAUUGUCACUUAGAAUAGGGUGGCCCAUCGAAGACGUACCGCAUGGCAUUACAGGCUGGGAAUGAAUUGUUGUUGUUCUAAAAUUGUUCUAUCCGUCAUUCGGUUGCCCCCUUACGAGCAACCCUCAGAAGUCUUCGAGAGUCUUGUGCAAGCAAGGAAUGACGGGGGCCUUACCUUUUAACGUGUGAUCCCAAACACUUUCUUGGGCCAUCAGAAAAAUUUCUGCAGUCGAUGGGAAUCGAACCCACGACCGGCAAGCGAAUGCGGAUUAGAAUACGGACACUCUGUCCGCACGGCUACCUGGCCACCUGGGAAUAAACGCGUCAAGUUUGCUUAUUAGGACAACUUUUGGCACAGAAGAUAUAGCAACAUCUUCAAAUGAUGUGUUACCCCCCAAUCUUUCCAAAUGGGGAUGUGGGUCAUAUAAAUGAUACCUUAUUGAAUGGGGCGUUUAAUUCCCUAUACAUUGCUGCUGUUUUUGAGAAUCGUUACCAUAUGUUGAUUCAAAUGAAGUCCUCCGCUGUUUUGCUGCUUUUCCGAUUCAUUAGGCAAGUUUCUGUGAAUCAAGAAAAAUCGCGUUUGUGCUUUACCCUUAGAUGGGCCGCAGAUAUUCGCUAGAUAAGCUGUCUUGUGACUUGUGGAUGUUAAACCUUCUGAAUACAAUUAUAUUGAUUUUUGAAUUUUUUGUCAUAUGUAUUGUUGAUAUUUCUUUGCUCCAUAUUUUCCAAACGAGUGAAUCGAUUUUCAAAAACUAAUGAGCAGCAAUUUAUAUGGAAUCAAAAGCCCUAUUUAAUAAGGUAUAACUCCACUCAUAUUCCCAUUUGAAAAAUAUUGGGGGAUGCCACUCCACUCAGUUGUCCCCCUAACAAACAAAUUUGACGUGUUUUCUCAUUUCGUCAAAAUGUUUAUAGUCCAAUAAAUGAAGGAGGAAAAAAAGGCAAAGUUAACGUUAAUUACGCACUAUUUUCAUCUUCCGGUUAGAAGUAGCUUUUGGUACCUCAUUAAACAUGAGACAAAGUUUGACUGGAAAACGCGUGCGAUGGCGGAGAAAAUGGCCCCAAAAGACCAGGAAAAUAGGUUUUCAGCCAAUAUCUCCUAAAAUAUGGCAGUUAGAGAUUUUCGGUUCAGAUAAAAAUUGAAGUUAAUUUUCUACAAAAAUGGUCCUUAUCAUUUUUCUCGAAAAUUUGCCCGGUUUCGAGAAAAACGGCACGAAGCGCAUCUCGAAUAAUGAGGUUCUCAAAUUUUCGAGAGAAAUGAUAAGGACCAUUUUUGUAGAAAAUUAACUGAACUUCAAUUUUUAUCUGAACCGAAAAUCUCUAACUGCCAUAUUUUAGGAGAUAUUGGCUGAAAACCUAUCUUUCUGGUCUUUUGGGGCCAUUUUCUCCGCCAUCGCACGCGUUUUCCAGUCAAACUUUGUCUCAAGUUUAAUGAGGUACCAAAAGCUACUUCCAACCGGAAGAUGAAAAUAGUGCGUAAUCAAUGUUAACUUUUUCCCUUUAUUUAUUGGACUAU